AAUUUUGAUCAGUUCUGCUUUUUUUCUUGAUACUCUUCGUUCGCUGUGAAAUCCAGUAAAAUUUCUUAGAAUAUUAUGGCUUCGGAUGCGCCAACAACAGCCCAAAGACGCGACCUUCACUUUGAUUUUGUCUACAACGGACGAAAGAUCUUUGAUUUCACCGAAAGAGAUGCCGGACAGGAUCAUACUUGCAUGACUACAAUGACACUCAAGUCCUCCUCCCAACCAGCCACGGAACCUCUUCAGGCACCAGAGCCUGUAACACAGGAUUCUAAUCCUUUGGAGACAGUUGGAGCAUUAAACAGCGGAUCCCAGACCGACAACAACGGAAUCGGUGGCCCAGCUGGCGCAGUCAUUAUUGGGGAGCGUAUUGCCAAAAUUGAAAACUCAUCGGAAGGAGUUCUCUUUACUUCUGAGUCGGUUGCCCUUGACGCCGGGACGGUCGAGUCCGCUGUCGAAUUUGCAAGAAUUGACAACAUUUUGGACUUUCCUAGCCUUGAGGUCGCAAAACGUGAUGAUGAUGAUGCCUCUGCUAUAUCUACAGUGGCUGCAUCCAAUUCGGAAGCCUCACUCGUGGCCAGUAUCCCGAAUGUUUUCAAAGUUGAGAACAUCGUGGAACCUCCACAAAUGACAAUUAUGCGAUGGGAGGGGUUUGAGUACCGAACAAACCGCAGGUACAGGACCGUCUGCAAAAAGUGUGAAGGGCUCCAGCGCCUCAAGUGCAACCACAUUUUCGAGUUGGAUAAGCAAUCCAAUAAAAGAGUUGCUUCGCAACCAAUGGAUAUAGAUGCAAAGCGUCCGAGGACUUCGCAUGGAAUAACUAUCAGCCUGUUCAAGGACUGCACAAGGGUCCCAUUCAAGGCCCAAUUUCCAAAGAAACUUGAGGAUAAAUAUGGAGUCAAAUUCACCAAAAUUGAGCACAGCAACAUGCCGUUCAAUGACGCGUCGAGAUGGUGCUACUUCAAUUUGGAAGUGUCAGAGGAAGAUUUGGCGAAACUCCCGAUAUUGGAUGACUGGGUGAAUAGCUUCAAGGUCGGGAGCAUCAACAAGAAAGCGGAUCACUUUUUUCACCGAAAUCCUUCCAGAAGAGUUGAUUUUGAUCAUAGUUAUGGCUACUCAUUUGGAUAAUAAAAGCAAGGAGCCGUCAAUGCAAGCAAUCGAUCUUAUCUACGAUGAAGAUCACAUGUUCGCAGCACUCCACGACGACGCUGCCGUUUCCAAAGUUGGAGAAGUAUGCUCAAGAAAUGCGAAAGCAUUCAUGCUUCGUAAGUGGAAGGAGCUCAAACCUCCUGGAGUGAGAACUCCGACAAAGAACUGAUCCACCUCUUCAAUCUUCAACAUCCAGCCAUUGUAGGCAAUUAUGGUAUUUUAUGUUUGUAUCCCAACUCGUAUAAUUUGUUUCUCCGUUCUCUCGAUUUGCUUCAGCUAUCCUACUUUCUUUUUUUUUGUAUUUUAUUCGAUUCUUUCGCCGUAUCAAUAAAUUAGUAUUUAUUUUAAU